AUGUUCUCCGGCCGAGACGCUCCACAGGCCAGUACCAGCAGCAACGACGCUGCUGCAACAGACUCUCAGGGCGAAGCCACCGCAACGUCCACGGAUGCAAUUGCCACAUUGUCGAGCAAUGACCCGACAGCGGAAGCAGGCAGUCAUGAGAAGAAUGAAGAUGGCAGCUCAGAGAUGGACGACUUCCAUCCCGGGCUGCGUCUCUGGGUCAUCAUUCUCGGGCUGGGGGUGACACUGCUGCUCACGGCCCUGGAAAACACAGUUGUCACUGUGGCAGCACCCAUGAUCAUCUCUGAUCUGCAGCUGGGCGAGAAUUACAUCUGGGUGACUAAUGCAUUCUUCAUUUGCAGCGCAGCAAUUCAACCCUUAGUCGGCCAACUGUGCAAUGUCUUUGGAAGGAGAUACAACAUGUUGAGCUCCGUGGCCAUUUUCACCCUGGGCAGCGGUAUCUGCGGCGGUGCCAAAAAUGCUGGCAUGUUGAUUGCAGGGCGAGCCAUCCAAGGACUUGGAUCUGGAGGCAUCACUCUGCUGAAUGACAUCAUCGUCUCGGAUCUGGUCCCCCUCCGAAAGCGCGGAAACUAUAUCGGUGUGAUCCUCGUCAUCUACGGAGUGGGCACGACGCUGGGGCCUUUCAUUGGUGGCUCGAUCGUGGCCACGACAACAUGGCGCUGGAUCUUCUACCUCAACAUCCCGAUCGGCAGCGUGUCGCUCUUGCUCCUGUCCUGCUUCCUCCAGGUCAACUACAAGAAGGACACAACUUUCGCGCAGAAGAUGCAGCGCAUCGACUUUGUGGGCAACGCCGUGCUGAUCGCCUCCACCGUCUCCGUCCUCUAUGCCCUGGCGUAUGCCGGCGCGAGCUACAGCUGGGCCUCGUGGCACAUCCUCGUGCCGCUGCUGCUCGGGUUCCUGGGCUUCUUCCUCUUCGCAUAUACACAGGGAGGCCGUUUCGCAGCUGCGGAGCCCGUCAUGCCUCCUCGCCUCUUCCACAGCCGCACCUCGGUCAUCGUCAGCAUCAACACCUUUAUCAACUCGGCCCUGACGUUCUGGGGUGUCUUCUUCCUCCCCGUCUUCUUCCAGGCCGCAAAGCUGUACGGCCCUCAGUAUUCCGGCGUGGCCCUGCUGCCCAUGUCGCUCGUGGCGAUUCCAGGUGCUGCACUCGCCGCCGUAGCCAUCAGCCGCUGGGGCCGGUACAAGCCCGUCCACAUUGCCGGCUUCGCCGUGUUCAUGCUCGGCCUGGGCCUCUUCACGCUUCAGAACCCGCACACCACAGUGGCGCAGUGGGCCAGCUACCAGUGCGUCGCUGCGCUGGGCGGGGGCGUCCUCCUCAACUCGCAGCUGCCGGCCUUCCAGAACGGAGUGCCGGAGCGGGACCAGGCGGCGGCGUCUGCGACCUGGGGCUUCAUCAGGAGCAUCGGCUGGGUCUGGGGCGUUGCGAUCCCUGCGAGCAUCUUCAACAACCGGGUCAGCCAGCUCAUUGGUGAGAUCUCGGACCCCGCGGCUGCAGAGAUGAUGGCCAGCGGAGGAGCGUACGGCGCGGCGUCGGCGGCGCAGGUCAAGCAGUUCGCGCUGCCUGUCCAGGCAGAAAUCAGGUCGGUGUACGCGCAGGCGGUGCAGAGGGUGUUCCAGAUCUCGAUCGCGUUUGCUGGCGUGGGGUUCCUGUUGUCUCUUGCUGAGCAUGAAAUCAUGCUAAGGGAAAAGCUGGAGACCGAGUACGGCCUCAAGCAUGAAAAUGACAGGUACAACCGGGCAAAACCUACGACGAAUGCCGAGAAGGGGGCAGCUAUUUAA